GGAGGAAGCUCUGUUUAGUUUAUCCCCUGAGCUGAAUCAUUUCAGAAAUCUGGCUGGGAAGACAGCCAUAGCUGGAGGAGCUGAGGAGGGUGACCAGGGCAGAGGGCACAGCAGCUGAGUGGGGUCUCUGGGGGAAGCCCCCUCRCUGGAGRAGAAGCUUGGUGGAGCUGCAGCCUUAGAUUUGGGCCAGGAGUGUCUCCUUCGCUGGAGGAGAAGCUUGGURGAGCUGGAGCCUUAGAUUUGGGCCAGGAGUKCUGCAAGGGAGCUGAGGAGCMACGUCAUGGACUUCAGUGAGACACGAGAGCCACUCCUGGACCUGCACCCACCUGAACUCCACAGAUUUCAUGCAGUUGCCUGUGACAGCUCCUGUURAGUAAACUGAGACUGGAACAUCUUGUAUCAGCUCUUGUACCUGUACCUGCCACCAUGAGAAGUUGCAUAAGAUCUUUUUGGAUCCCUGUCUAGCUGCUYCAUGUUUCCAAACUCUCUCUUGUAACAUUCUCAAGCAGCAAAAAUGAAGUUGAAGCAUAACAUCAACCCUGUUCUUCUCCAGUUGAUAAACUUUAUAGUGCUGGUGUACACCCUUGUAACGUACAUUCCAUGGUACAUWCUUUCAGGAUCAAAGCAGGCUAUAGCAAAAGCCAAGCAGGUUAAAGCCAGACCUGUGAAUAACAAGCCUGGAGGUGCAUACAGAUCUGUUAACAGUCUGCAUUGCUUAGCUUCRGUUUUAUAUCCUGGGUGUGAUACACUCGACAAAGUUUUUAAAUAYGCUAAAACUAAAUAUAAGGACAAAAAACUCUUGGGAACACGUGAAAUUCUGAAAGAGGAAGAUGAAAUCCAGCCAUCAGGAAAAGUUUUUAAAAAGGUCAUCCUUGGCAAGUACACSUGGCUUUCUUACGAAGAUGUGUACAUUAAAGCUGUUAAUUUUGGAAAUGGCUUAGCAGUCUUGGGUCAGCAGCCAAAGACUAACAUUGCYAUCUUCUGUGAGACCAGAGCUGAGUGGAUGAUUGCAGCCCAGGCUUGCUUUAUGUGCAACUACCAGCUUGUUACUCUGUACGCCACUCUGGGAGGCCCAGCAAUCGUUCAUGGGCUGAAUGAAACAGAGGUGACCACCAUCAUUACCAGUAAAGAAUUGAUGCAAACAAAACUGAAGGAAAUUGUUUCUCAGGUCCCACUGCUGCGACAUAUAAUUACAGUGGAUGGCAAACCCACAACGUGGUCAGAGUUCCCCAAGGGUGUCAUUGUUCACACCAUGGCAUCUGUGCAAGCCAUGGGGGCCAAGGCAGACAUUGGAAACAAACCGCCAUGCAGGCCUGUGCCCUCAGAUAUCGCAGUGAUCAUGUACACAAGUGGAUCCACAGGAAUUCCCAAAGGAGUUAUGAUCUCCCAUUGCAACAUAAUUGCUGGGAUAACUGGAAUGGCUGAGAGGAUCCCAAAUCUGGGGGAGAAAGACAUUUAUAUUGGGUACCUGCCUCUUGCCCAUGUUCUGGAGCUGAGUGCUGAGCUGGUGUGUCUGUCUCACGGGUGCCGCAUCGGUUACUCUUCCCCACAGACAUUGGCUGAUCAGUCCUCCAAAAUAAAGAAAGGAAGCAAAGGGGAUGUCACUACACUUAAGCCAACUCUAAUGGCAGCUGUUCCGGAAAUUAUGGAUCGAAUCUACAAAAACGUCAUGAAUAAAGUGAAUGAAAUGACCAGUUUCCAGCGGAAUCUAUUUAUAUUGGCCUACAACUACAAAAUGGAACAGAUUUCCAAAGGUUACACUACCCCACUCUGCGACAGCCUUAUCUUCCGCAAAGUGCGGAUGCUGCUGGGSGGGAAGAUCCGCAUCCUGCUGUGCGGCGGAGCCCCGCUGUCAGCGGCCACGCAGCGCUUCAUGAACAUCUGCUUCUGCUGCCCCGUGGGGCAGGGCUAUGGGCUCACCGAGUCUGCUGGGGCUGGCACCAUCACAGAAGUUUGGGACUACACUACAGGAAGAGUGGGAGCACCCUUGGUCUGUUGUGAAAUUAAGUUACUGAACUGGGAAGAAGGUGGAUAUUAUAACACUGAUAAACCAUAUCCUAGAGGUGAGAUCCUUAUUGGAGGGCAGAAUGUGACUGUGGGCUACUACAAAAAUGAAGCACGAACCAGAAAAGAUUUCACUGUUGAUGAGAACGGGCAGAGGUGGCUCCAUACUGGAGACAUUGGAGAGUUUCAUCAUGAUGGGUGUCUAAAAAUUAUUGAUCGCAAAAAGGAUCUUGUAAAACUGCAGGCAGGAGAAUAUGUCUCUCUUGGCAAAGUAGAAGCAGCUCUGAAGAAUCUCCCACUGGUAGAUAAUAUUUGUGCGUAUGCAAGCAGUUUCCAUUCUUAUGUCAUUGGAUUUGUUGUGCCAAAUCAAAAGGAGCUCGCAGAACUAGCCCGGAAAAAAGGAUUUAAAGGAACGUGGGAAGAGAUCUGUAACAGUCCUGAGAUGGAAAAAGAGGUACUGAAGGUGCUAGCUGAGGCUGCCAUGGCAGCUAAUCUGGAGAAAUUUGAAAUCCCAGUAAAAAUCCGUUUGAGCCCUGAUCCUUGGACCCCAGAGACUGGUCUGGUGACAGACGCGUUCAAACUAAAACGCAAAGAGCUCACGGCGUUUUAUCAAACGGACAUUGAUCGAAUGUAUGGAAAAAAUGUAAAAUAAUCCUCCUUCACCACUUUGCUACGAUGAGCUUGGAUCAAAUAGGAAAUACUUGAAUUGCCUGUCUCAACUCAACACUUGAGAUCAACACACAAAACCACCAUUCCUCAUUUCCAGCUUAAACUGUUCUUUCUAAUGACAUCACCAUGAUGACUGGCGAGUUUAGUAAAAUGUUAUGGCAGCAAACUUGUGUCUGUCUCCUUUUUUCCAGUUUUCUCUGCUACCUUGUCAGUCUGUGGAUUUUCCCGGGUCUUUUUGGGAAACCAUGAUUCUGAAGCCUCAAGUUUUUAAACAUUUAUAAAUCCUGUACAAUGUUUUAUUUGUAUCUUUAAAAUUUGGAUGUAUAUAGAGAGAACUUGGCUAUAUAAGAAAUGGUUAUACUGGGGGCCUUUUUUACCUAAUUAUUUAAAGAUAAGAAGGUAUUGAUUUUGUGACAUUAUGUACAUUGAAAAUGCUUGUAACAAGAUAMUUGUUGAACAGAGGACCAGGUUAUUUGCUGCUGUGCUAUUUUUCUGUGUAAAUCUGAGGGAGAAAAUGUUUGACAUUCCAGCUUGUGUGAUACACCUUCAAYAUGUGCCUAAUGGUAACUUUUAUUUUUAUCUGAAAAUGGAAGGAUGGUCAUGGCACAGCUCUGCCUCAAGGCAGGUACUCUUGCAGGUGUUAGUUAAAGCUCCUUUAAUGCAGAAGAUGCUAUUAACACAGCAGAAGUUAAACCUAAGAAUAAUCUCUCAGAUACAGAAACUCCUUUUUUAAAUAGCUCGUGACCAUUUCAUCCAGAGUCGAAUUGUGUAGUGCUAAUAUGAACUCUGAUCAUUAAUUUCACCUAACACUUUACAGGCUUGGCAGUGUCCUUUUAGCAGAGGGACAGUAGCAACCUUUCUCUUUUCUCAUUAGGUUUGGACAUUACACUGGGUUUGCUCUUUCAUUGUUCGUGAAGGUUUGGUGAGACCCCUGCUCUGCCCUAGCUGCAACCCAAAUCUUCCUKGGGGGGAUUUUUAAAGUCAUAAUGACAGUUAUGUUCUCAGCUCACACAGUGCCUAGCUGCCCUUUGUGCCAUUAAAAAUCUCCCUUUGACUCUCUGUUCUUCUGUGUAGCACUUUUUGCUUUAAAAACAGAUAUUUGAAGUGUUUGUCAGCCAGAGUUAUUUAUGUGGCUUGGUUUGUUACACCCAAUUCUUACUUGGGGAAGGUGUCUCAGUUUCUGUUUCACUAGAGAUUCAUGGAUAUUGUUUGAAAGAAUAUGGGGGUUCUUUUCUUCUUCAGUGAGUGUUCAGAUUUGUUUCAGAUGUGAAUUUUAUUUUCAAAAUAYUUCUGGAAAGAAUAUUCAGGGUUACAUGAGAAUGUGAAAAGGCAUACAUCAGUCAACUUUGUGAUGGAGCAAAUAUUAAAAUGGCUUUAAUUUUGGAGAUUACUCUCGUGUAUCAUUUACCUGUAGUACUAAAACUCAAGGUCCUGGUGCUCACUUAGUCCCCUGCUGKGGUAGCACAGAGCAAUGCUGAAGGACAGAGGCUUAGUUUGAGAGAGGGAGUCCGUGCUGUUUGUCUUUGUGACAUGAGGUUUUGGGAGGUAUUUGAUAGGCAAAUUUCAUUUAUAAACCUCUGAGAUUUUUUUAAAUUAAUSAUUUCCAUUGAUUAUAGAAAGCAGAUUCAUAGGAGUUGAAGGUAAUCAAGCAGGUUCCCUGUAYUUCAGUUUUAAUGAAACAAUGAGGUGGUUUGUGCUAAUCAUGGAUUUCCCCUGCUCURCUGUCUGUGAAAAACUGUUAACAUUUGGUAAAUUUUGGUGUAAAUAAUCAARUGGAAAUAGAAGCAACAAAAAGAAAUCUGAACCGUAUUUUUGAGAUUACUGCCUUUAAAUAUCUGGAUCAUAAAUGAAACCUUCUGGCAAAUGGUGAUAAGGCAAAUGUUGAAAAAUGACUGAAGAAUCCAAAUGUGGAAAAAUUGUCAAGGCUGUAGGGAAGUCUCAUACCAUGUAUUAGAYAUUACUAACAUUUAAAUUUGUACCUGUGCUCCAUCAUCAGGUUCUUAAAUACAACUCAGCACAGAUUGUACAUUGUUCAAAUAUUUUUGUGAUUUUUAGUGAAAAUUAAUAAAUUACUGAAGUACUAUGUGUGUCACUUGGUGCAUUGUGCAGCAGAUUUAAGAAAAUAAAUCUGCUUUUGGUUAAGCAAAUCUGGAGUUAGUAUUUUAUUCUGCUAGGGAUUUAAAUCCCCUUUGGAGAAAUUGCACAAAUGAAACUUUUAAAAUUGUUUGGAAAUAGUAGUUUUCUUUUUUUUUUUUUGUCUAAUGCAGUCACAAGAUGGGGUUGCAGUCUAACUGUGCAUUUGAUUUUACAGUUCAGGUUUGUUUAUGUUUAAAAUGGAUGUGWUAUAUAUAGUUUCUCCUUCAUUAGGCAUCAGCAUCAUUGUGGACAUUUAUUUCUUCUACAGAACGUGCAAACAAAGCAGUUCAUUGWGUUUAGUCUCAGGGCUGGAGAUAGAAAGACUUUAAAAACCUUUAUCAUGAGUAUGGCAUUUUUUUUCUUUUGAUUUUUAACAAAAGACUCCACCAGUGCUGGGUUCUGGGUACUUCCAUGUCCCAUCGAGGCCACCUGUCCUGUGGGUUCUGGGCAGUGCMCAAGGACAGCUUUAGAGGGAUUUGCUCCAACCUGCAGAGAUGCACUGCUUGCCAGCUGGGAAUUUCCCUCUUGGUUUUUCUUUUUUAUUUUUUUUUUUUUUUGUCUUCCCAUGCCCAGUGUAACAAGAACAAAAGCACCUGCUGGAGUGGAAUGCACUGCUCGUGUCCCAAAGCUGUACAGGAACUGGGAAGUGCACGUUUGGGAGGAGUGGUCUCUGUCACGUGGGGAAUUUUGUCAUGGAAAGAGUUGUAACUUUAAACAAUCUGGUUCAAACCAAGAGCAAGGGGCAUAUACCUCACCUGAAGGGCCCCCAAAACAGGGGGAUUUUUAACAAAACUUUUGUAAAUACAAACUUACCAGGUCUCUCAAUCAUUGGAAAUUGUAAUUAUUUACUCUGUCAUGAAAAUCUAUGUAUUUCAUUAUAAAAAUGACCAAGAAAUUCCAGGGAUGCUGUGAAUAUCUUUUUUAAGUUCCACAAUUCUUUAACAAAAUUUUCAGAACUUUAGGCUAUUAUUCAGUCUAGAUGUCUUUGCAGAGCAUGGUGUUUCUGGGGUAGGUAGGAAAUUCAAAAGUUAUAGGUCAGAAAAGAYAGUGCAAUUUCACUGCUGCUGCUGCAGGUCUCAGGGGCAGGAGCACACCUCAGUGGGGAGCUGUGGCUGAGCAGUGAGAGAUUCUGCUGAAAUGGAAGUGAAAAGCAGUGUGUGACUGGAGCUAAGAACAUAACAGGUACCUGCAUCCCUCUGCUUUGCAGACAGGAUGCAGAGAAGGGGAUGGAAUCGAAACGUUAAGAACAAUCCUGUAAAAUCAUAAGUUUGUGCAGAAAUUGCUAUAGGACAUGAAACUCCUUUGCAAUWACCUUUGUCCUGCUAAAACUCACAGAYUUUUUAUUCUGUACUAAAACUACAUUUAGGUGAUGCAWUGCAGCAUUUUUAAUUUUGAUUACUGUGGUGUAUUAACUACUUUGGACUCGGUAUAAAAUCGUGUACAUCUGUUUCUUUACUGGUAAGAGGAACAAUUUUCAACUUGCCUACACCUUGGACCAGGCUGAAAUGUUAAUUGAAUGACCAGCUGUAUAUUGUUGUAAUGAGUUAUUUAAUGUAAACUCAUUUUCAAUGUGAUCUUGGUUGUUACUAUGAACUGCCUGAACAUUGUAUAUCCUAAUUGAGUUAUAUUGUAUGAAUUAUUUAUUUGUAAUUGGGUAUCAUGUUUCAAAAAUAAAAUUAAUUUCACAA